AGCGAUUAGGCGCUCACCAUGCAACAAGCACACGCCAGCAUGGGCUUUCCUUUCGAUAGGAUUAUUAGCCUCCCGCUGGCUUUGAGGGCUUACAACAAGACACGGUGCGACCAAAUCACGGUUGGCUACAUGAAAGGGGCCGGUUCCGUCAAUGGCGACACGCGGGCCAUGAAGAUGAAGUUGAUGUUCACGGUGGUGCUCAUGGCGCUCAUGGGCUCCACCCUCUUCAUCAACGGCUUCCUCCGCACGUUCCUCCCGCGGUUCAACGUUACGCUGCGCAUGUUCCUUGGCCGGUACAACCUUGACCCCAUCGCGCGCUUUCUGCUGCACUUCGCCUUCUUCCAGUUCAUUCCUCUCCUGUCCUCUGUGUUAUCCAACGCUGAGGGUCAGGACGACGACACGGUGCUCCUCCUGAUCAUCCUUUGGUUGCUCCUAGUCGAGCUCAUCCGCAAGAAGGUGCAGCGGAUGAUGCUUCCCACCGAUGGCUCCUCGUUCUCGAGGGCCAUAGGCCGGUUCACACUGAUGGAUUACUCGGACGAGGCGAGUCGCCUGGUGUGGGUCGGUUACCUCAUCUACUCUAACUUGCACCAGAUGCAUUCUCACUCGGUGAAGGCCAUGUUUGUUAUCCUCUGGUCUCUGGGCUUUGUGAAGCUGGUGCAGAGGGUGGUCAACAGAUGGCAGGCCAGCAGCUCCUGGCAUACAGCGAGGAACCCUCUUCUUAUUGCAGGGUACAUGCAGCAAAUCAUGGAGGAAGAGAAAGAUCCGGAGAAGAACCAACCAAGCGACAACUCGAAGAUGAACAUGUCCGAUUGCAAGUUCGCGGUGAUGGGCGAGGACACGCUCUUGGUGCGCAACAAGGCGGAAGCGGCAGAGCUCAAGCUGACCACUACCCCUGGAUAUGGCUACGGUGUGGGAAGGCGCAUCGUGGCCAUAGAAAAAAACUCCGGCCAGCACCAAGCCCAAGCCCCUUACUACGACCAAAACGAGCAGAAGCAUGUGCAUCUCCUCAUCGACGCCAGGGAGAUGAAGGAAAAAAAGAAAUUGAUCACAGUGAGCAAGAUAUGGCAUAUGAAAGAAGACGACAAAGAGGUCUUACAGUUCUUCCGUGGCAAAAGGCGGCAGCACCUUGAGGACUUAUGCCUCUCUUUCUCUCUUUUCAAGAUGCUGCGGCGCAGGUUUGAGCACUACCCCAUGGUGGAGGUCGGCUCCACCAUGGCACGCAGGGUGAUGCUCGAAGGCCUCCUCAACCUCGAGGGCUAUGACUGCAACCGCAAAGCUCAAAGGCCCUUCCAAGUGCUUCAGCUGGAGCUCGAGUUCCUCAAUAACUACUACCAGCAGGCGGCUACCCCUGUGGUGAUGGCCCAACAUAUCCUUUUCUUCUGCAACUCCACCUUCUCCAUGAUCUUCCUGCUGAUAUUCGUCGCCGUCAUCUUAACUAUACUAAUCGAAAACCAUGAGGCCGCAAUAAUAUAUUGUGCCACCAUGGGCUUGUCCAGCAUCCCCUCAUCUUUCCCAUCCAUCUUCCUGUCCACCACCAUGUUGCUUGCGCUCACCGUCAUUGCCAUUGAAACAUACGAAUUCUGGACCUUAUUCGUGUUCUCCAAUUGGAACAUAGUGCGCUUGCUGUGCACAUACAGCUCGUAUGGGCGGUUGGCCCAGACCUUUAUUCGCUCCAUCAUCACAGCACGCCUUUGUUCAUAUUAUACACUUCCAUUCUUAGCCAAAACCAGCAUGAAGAUCCAACAGGUAUCCAUCGUUGAUGCCUGUGGUGUACUUGACAAAUAUUCUGCAAGGACGACCCAUAAGAAACUUCCGAACAGAGCCACAACAGACAUCAUCAGUACCUUGAAGGCUGUCGAUCUCCACACCGGGAUCGUCAGACUGCCACAAAUGAAGGGCCUCCACUUUGACAGGGAGCCCACCUCCACCGAGAUCAUCCUGGCGUGCCACCUGGCGACGGAGCUGUUUGAGAUGACGGAGCAUCGCUACAAGACGAAGGACGAAAUAGGCCACCAGGCAGUUGCGUCUGCGCUGUCCAAGUACUGCAUGUACCUGGUGGCGCACAUGCCCCAGCUGCUGCCCGACGACGAGGCGUGGGCAUCCGACAGGCACGAGGAUAUGAGGAGCUGCCUGGAGCUUGUGUCGAAGAAAUGCUGCGGCGUAGUUUGUGCGCCAAGCCAUCACUGCAGGAAGGCGAAUGCAGAGCAGAUCCUCGAGAAGAAGGAGGAGGACAUACACGACCCGAUGACACGGAGUGGUGUAAAGCUGUUCCGUGAGCUCGAGAGGCAAGCAGCUGGAUCGUCGGGGGGAGACCACGCCGUUUGGAAGGACCUGGCCAACUUCUGGGUGGGGCUCCUCGUCUACCUCGCACCAUCCAACGAUGUGGGAGGCCAUGCCAAGGCGCUGGCCUCCUGGGGCGGCGGCCUCAUCACCUGCCUCUGGGCCUUGUGCACUCACGCGGGGAUUACUCGCCAGCCACUCGAGCACAAGGACGAGCACGGUGAUAUGGUCUAGUAAUUAACGUGCGUGCUCCUGCAUCGGUAUUCUGAUUAAUAAGGCUCAGUGCUGAGUGCCAUGUCGAUCUAUUGCGUGGUGUUUCUGGUUGAGUCGUCCGAGGCACCAUAUGUCGUGUUCUCUUGUGUGUUGGUUGGUGCAGGAUUAUAUAUAUUCCUGUGAUUUAUUUGACUUCCUCCUAAUGUAAUAAUCAACCCGGCCAUGCGUCUGCACGGGCGGUAAUUAUUC